GGACAAUGUGAAGAGAAACCUUUCAGUAUUUUACUGGGGUUUGUUCAAUCAACAUGGCCGACGUUAUCGAUGCUGGGAUCGCAAAAACAGGCGCGUACAAGUAUGAAGAUGGUACGCGGUAUGUUGGGGAGUGGAGUUCUAAGGGUCAAAAACAUGGCAUGGGCCACCUCGUGUUACCUGACGGGACGAGAUUUGAUGGUGCCAUGGUUAGUGGUCUCUGCUCGGGUCUUGGAGUAAUGGCUUUUCCAGAUGGGGCCAAAUACGAAGGUGAGUUUAUGCAGGGCUGGUUCCAUGGCCAUGGCGUGUUCUGGCGAGCAGAUGGUAUGAAAUUUGAAGGGGAAUUCCGAGGAGGACGUGUAUGGGGUCUAGGUUUAGUUACAUUUAGUGAUGGGAGUAACGGGUUCCCAAGAAACGAAGGUUACUUCCAAGACUGUAAGAUGGUGCGUCGCAAACGUUGUCCAGAAGUUGUUCAGAGAGCCCAGAAGGUCGCUUACAUGGCUCGGGCUCAGUGUCAACAAAUGUAACCUUAUUAUAUCAAUACAUCUGCUGUAUGUGCGUUUUUUAAUCAUUUGUAAUCAACGUUGAUAAUAAAAUAAUAAUAUUAUAUUAUUUCAUUUUUUAGAUUGAUUGAAAUGUAAAUUGUACAAAAAUAUUAUAAUAUUAUAUUAAAUAAAAAAUACUGUUACAAGCCGGGUGAGUUAAAGUUACUUUUAUAUUUUGAUGUUUAUGUAUGUAACACCUAAGUAAUUGAAUCCAGUUUUGCGAACGAAAAAAAUAAAUAAAAAUAAUUACAAACUUAUAAAAACCUCAACUAAUUUAGAACGAGACAAGGAGUUGAGACUUUAGUCCCAGUGGAUACAUAAUCAUUAGUGAAAUAAGUGGGAAAAAAAUGCUAUCUCUUUCUUAUGUGUUGAAUGAAAAAGUACACAUUAAGAAACGGACAUAUAUUUAUUUAACAAAUACAAUAUAAUAUGAUCUUAAAUCGAAUGUUAUACUAAUUGAAUAAAUUAUGAAGACAUUAAUUAUAAUUAUGUAUUUAA